GGUCAACUCAGUAGUUGGCUUCUGAUCGAAAAUGAAGCUACAUGGGUCGGUCCUGGUCGCCUUAUUUUCUCUGCUGCAGCUUUCUACGCAGCAGAGACCAAAGCCGAGGAACUCCCUUACGGUGACCAUUAAGCAGGGCACCCUGACCGGAAAGGUCAUGCAGUCUUUACUCAACAAACGAGACUUUUCUGCAUUCCAAGGAAUCCCGUAUGCGGUGCCGCCGGUUGGAAAUCUCAGAUUCACGGACCCGGUUGAGCAUAAGGGAUGGAAAGGCACCUUGAUGGCCACGCAGGAGGGUAAUGACUGUUCGCAGUACAACCACAUUACCCGAAUCUUUUCUGGCUCUGAAGACUGCCUUUUUCUCAACGUCUACACACCCCAAAUAAAAUCUAAACGGCCGCUGCCGGUGAUGGUGUGGAUCCACGGCGGUGGAAUGGUGGCAGAGUCGAGCAGCGCCCAACUCACGGGUCCGGAGAUUUUGAUGGACAAGGACAUUGUCCUCGUCACUCUAAACUACAGACUCGGACUCGUUGGUCUGUUGAACCUGGGCACUAAAGAUCUGCACGGUAAUUACUUAAUUAGGGACCAAAUCCUAGCUUUGAAGUGGGUUCAGAAAAACAUUGCGGCAUUUGGUGGCGACCCGAAUUCUGUAACACUGUUUGGGUGGAGUGCUGGAGCAGCAAGCAUUCAUUUCAUGCUUAUUUCACCCCUGGCCAAAGGACUAUACCACAAGGCGAUUUUGCAAAGUGGCUGUGCGUUGAACGACUGGGCAUUCCAGGCGAACGGCUUCCAGGUUUAUGCGCGAGCUGUGGAAAAUCUGGGCUGCGGGAAAGGUGGGAAUGAAGAAAAGCUGAAAUGCCUGCGCGGUUUAGACAUUCAGAAACUGGUGGACGAGGCGAGCGCCCUGACCGUUCGCGAGAGACGCAGAGACCCUGCUGUCUCGCUCGAGAGUGCCAACAAGCGAGAAGUGCUUUUCAAAAACCAUGACAUGCUUGCCCUGCCAGACGUGCCCAUCAUGGCCGGGGUCACCACUCGCGAGGGCAUGCUCAACAUGAUUUUGCUUCGUCCGCUCGACCUGACAAAGGAAUUCACCGAAAACAGGGACUUCUAUGUUCCUCGCUUGUUAGGACUAAAGAGAAACACUUCCCAGUUUGAAAAUGCGUGGAAACAAAUAUCAACUUACUACAAAUCCAUGCCUGUUGAUGAAACGGAGCAAUAUCUCCUGAUGGCUUCAGACGCUGAAUACACGCUUGGAGUGGACUGGCUGGUGAGAGACUUGGUUACCAAAAAGAACAGGAAGAGUCCGGUUUUCUAUUAUCAGUUAUCGUUCAACGGCUCUAUCACUAGUUUGAUCAAGAGCCGCGUGCCAACCAACAGGACAGGAAUUUCCCACGGCGACGACCUGGGCUAUCUGUUCACGAUGAACAUUUCCGACUCGUGGCAGCGCGCUCCUGCCCGGGACAGAGCCUUCAUCAGCCAGAUCACGACCCUGUGGGCCAACUUCGCAGAGAAAGGGAACCCGACUCCGGACGCAACAAGCGGCGUCAAGUGGCUGCCGGUGCGCAAAUCGAGCAACGCGCCAGAAAAAAUAGUCACAAGCUACUUGGACCUGGGAGAAAAGCUGGUCAUGAACGACAGGAGUCUCAACGACAAACGCAUGCAGUUCUGGAUCAAACUCAUCAGGGAAUAUUCCGUGUACUUUAAAGGCCACGCAGAUGUCUCUGACAGCGUAUAUGAUGUCCCUAAACGCGUAAAACGAACAGCUGGGUUUCAUUAAAACUAGUAAAUCUUUAGCCAAGAACAGGAAAAUGUAUUAUAAAGUCAUAUGCAAAUUAUUUUUUCUGAAUGUCGUUUAUUGUUAAAUAAUUUUUUUAAUUUUAAAAAACGGUCUUUUAGAUUAGCUUUUUCUAUUCCAUUUCAAAUAAAAAUAAAUAUUUCUAGAGCAUUA